AUGUGGAGCGAUCUUCUUCUACAGGCUGCUCUGAUUUUGAUUUCCAUCUUCACGUACCUGUUUAUGCAUAACAUCCCCCAGAAUCUCUACUCUAAGCUGCAGAUGCGGAGACAAGCCCGUACAAUUCAAGCCAGGCGCCACUUCGUACUCGGCGCGCAGCGUUUGGCUCAAGCCAGGACGGCCAAGGACCUGUCGUCGUCGAUGAGGAUGACGCUGGCCAAGUCAGCCGAAGAAGAAGCCGAGAAAGCCAUCGGCAUCAACGCCAAGGACGCCGCUCUUCAUUUGCUCAAGGCUAUGGCUCUGGAGGUGCAAGGGUUCAAGACCUCGGCUCUCGACGCGAUGAACGUCGCGCUGUCGCCGCUGGCGGCGAAGUCGCUCAGUGUCCCCGAGAGGGCGGAGGCGCUGCACAAACAGGCGGAAUUGAAGCUCGCGGUGAGUAAGGGCGAGCAAAUUGACUCGGCCGUUGAGGACCUGAUCGAGUCGGUGCGGUUGAAGGGCGAUAAUGUCAAGGGGCUUUGUCUGUUAGGAGAACUCUAUGAAAAGAAAAAGCUGAGCGAGGAGGCACGAAAGUCUUACGAAGACGCUCUUAAAAUCCAGCCAGACUACUCCGCGGCCCAGGAUGCUCUUGCUCGUUUGAGUUCUUAA